AUGCUCAAGCGACAACGUGCCUCAUCGCCACCUCCAUCUUCCUCCAGCGUGCCGCUGGUGACCGACAACUUGGUGGACCUGAUCGACAGAGGCACAAAACGAAGGCGAACACAACCACCCGUGCUGGACGGUGGCGCUCGUGGGUGGGCUCAGGACAACUGUAACGAUGAUGAAGAAGAUUACUAUUCUGACGAAGGCGACAAAUCUUACCCUCGCCAAACAAUGACUCGGGGCAAUUCUGAAUACGCAGUUGAGAACUCGAAACUGCGCGAACUUCACACUCUACACCAACAUCGCCUUCUGUUCUCCUCGUCAAACCCAUCUCAUUAUGGCCCAUCGCACGCGCACGCUCCUGGGGUUCUAACAAAUACAAGUUUCUGGCCCGAUAACGACCAGCUGCUGCCACACCACCACGAACCUCCCCACACAGCACGCCAAAUGUACGCAGGAGAGAAGGGCAGACCAGUGGAGAGCGAUUACACUUUCGCAAAAGAGGCGGCUUGUGUUGCGGGGCGUUAUCAAGGUGCUUGGGAGAAGUUGUCCUGUCUCGUCGGCUUGCACUGGGCCAAUCUCCAAAUGACCCAGAUACGUGAUUACCCCGUUCAAGAUGUCCCUCCUAUUUCAUGA